CUUGCCACAUCCCUGCCAAGGGUGAGAGCAUUUUACGCGCGAUCCAGCCACCGAUCUCGAGCAGCACUCCUCUUCCAUCAGGACUAAUUUCACCAUGAAAACUUUUGAACUCUUAUUUUGACAGACGCCGAUUUUCUCUGUGUGCUGCGUGGAGGAAAAAAAGCUACAACUUUUAGCAGCAGACACCUUCUCCACGGCGGUGAAGUUAUUCCAUCUUCUUUUGGUGCCAAUUAUACAGCCUGCUUGUCGAGGCCGGCCCGGUCGCCGCUGACCCUGUUCGCCGCCUUUAAUGUCAACUCCCCGGCUCCAAAGUGAAGGGAAUUACCCCACUCUUAGUCUCCAAUCAAGAACAGAAAAAGAAAAGCAACACAGCAAAAUGCAGAGCUUGACUCUUUUGCAGCGGGUCUGACUGCUCUUGCUGUCUGGUGAAGCACGGGGUCAGGACUGUGUGGAUAAAACCCCCCCGAGGGUUUUGACAUUUCAGCCUCACUGUCUUUUUUUAGUGUUCGCUCCUCUUCUGGCCUCGCUGCUUUUUCUUUUUUUCUUCUUCUUUUUGGUUUUGGAGAGCGCCCAGAUGAUGGGGUGGUGUCGCUCAGGCGUGUGCAGAGCCCUGGCUCUCCUGGCGCUCCUGUUCCCCCUGCGGGAGAAAGGGGGGGGCUGCUGGGGGCUGAACCUCCCCGGCUCUGGGGAUCUGGAGAAGUCCCCGCACUCUGAUCCAGACCCUUGGGAGGUCCUGCAGAGGAGCAGACGCAGCUGGGUAUGGAACCAGUUCUUCGUAUUGGAGGAGUACACAGGAAAUGAGCCGCUCUAUGUUGGCAAGCUACACUCAGAUGUGGACAAAGGAGAUGGCAAAGUGAAAUAUGUGCUCUCCGGUGAGGGCGCCACCUCCAUCUUCACCAUUGAUGAGAACACAGGGGACAUCCACGCCACAAAGCGCCUCGAUCGGGAGGCACAGGCCUACUACACGCUCAGUGCCCAGGCUGUAGAUCGACUCACCAAUAUACCGGUGGAGCCCAAGUCUGAAUUUGUGGUCAAGGUCCAGGACAUCAAUGAUAAUGAGCCUAAGUUUCUUGAUGGACCGUACCUGGCAGGAGUACCAGAGAUGUCACCCUUAGGAACCAUGGUAGUACAAGUGGCAGCCACAGAUGCAGAUGACCCAACAUAUGGGAACAGUGCCAGGGUGAUCUACAGCAUCAUCCACGGACAGCCGUACUUCUCGGUGGAGCCUAAGACAGGUGUGAUCAGAACAGCUCUCCCCGACAUGGAUCGAGAGACGAGGGACCAGUACGUGCUUGUCAUCCAGGCCAAAGACAUGGUCGGCCAGAUGGGAGGCCUCUCAGGCACAACCUCUGUCACUGUCACGCUCACUGAUGUCAACGACAACCCUCCUCGGUUCACCCACAAGAGCUAUCAGUACACGGUGCUGGAGUCUCUGCCAGUGCUGUCUGUGGUGGCCAGAAUCAAAGCAGCUGAUGCUGAUAUAGGCUCCAACGCAGAGAUGGACUACAGGAUCAUGGAGGGAGACGGGCCUGGUAUUUUCAACAUAACGACGGAUGAGGACACACAAGACGGGGUCAUCAUCCUCCUGAAGCCUCUGGACUUUGAAACAAAGAGCACCUUUUCUAUGAGAAUUGAAGCCACGAACAGGAAUAUUGACUCCAACUUUUUGAGUUCGGGACCAUUCAGUGACAUAACAUCAGUCAGAGUGACGGUGGAGGAUGUCAAUGAGGUGCCUGUGUUUUCAGCACCACUUAGCAAGAUGGUUGUUUCGGAAGAUGCCAAAACGGGCACCUCGAUCGGAAGAGUCUCUGCCCAUGACCCAGACACAUCCAACAACUCCAUCAGGUACUCCAUUGACAGAAACACAGACUUGGAGCGCUUCUUUAACGUGGACGCUUUAAGUGGGGUCAUCAGCACAGCAAAGGCUCUGGACCGAGAGGCCAACUCCAUUCACAACCUCACCAUCUUCGCCAUCGAGAGCCAGGAUCCGACUCAGAUUGGAAAAGGCGUUGCUCUCAUCACAGUGCUGGACAUAAAUGAUAAUGCCCCGGUGUUCGCCAUCGACUAUGAAACCCUGCUUUGUGAAAAUGCCAUGCCAGGACAGGUGAUCCAGACCAUCAGUGCCGUGGAUAAGGACGAGCCUUCAAGCGGUCAUCGCUUUUAUUUCGCUCUGGCUGCACCUGUUGCCGGCAACCUCAACUUCACUCUGCGAGACAACAAAGACAACACGGCAUCCAUCGUGACAAAGCGCGGCGGUUUCAGGAGAAGGGAUCAGGCUGUGUACCGGCUCCCUGUGUUGAUCGUGGACAGUGGAAGUCCCGCCCUCAGCAGCACGAACACACUGGCGGUGCGUGUGUGCGACUGUGACUCAGACGGCGUGGCCUUGUCUUGUGGAGCUGUGGCCUAUGCCGCGACUGGCCUGAGCACCGGCGCCCUCCUGGCUAUUUUAGGCUGCAUCAUCACACUUCUGGUGAUGGUUCUGCUUAUUGUGACGAUGCGUCGAAGGAGGAAAGAGCCCCUGAUUCUGGAGGAAGAGAGGGACAUCAGAGAAAACAUCGUCCGCUACGAUGACGAGGGCGGAGGAGAGGAGGACACCGAGGCUUUCGACAUGGUCACCUUACGUAACCUGAAUGUCAUCAGAGACCCCAGCGUGCGGCGAGAUGUCACGCCUGAUACUCCCACCUUCUUUCACUACCCGUCCACUACUCGCCCAGCCUAUAAAUCCCUGCCGGACAACGUGGUGUUUCGAGAGUUUAUUUGGGAGCGUCUCAAGGAUGCUGAUGUGGACCCGUCAGCUCCCCCGUACGACUCUCUGCAGACAUAUGCUUUUGAAGGCAGCGGCUCUGUAGCAGACUCGUUAAGUUCCCUGGAGUCACUAAGUACAGAUUCAGAUCAGAACUAUGACUAUCUCAGCAACUGGGGACCACGCUUCAAAAAGCUGGCCGACCUCUACGGCAACAGUGACAGCACCAGUGUCUUCUCAUAGCCCCUUAAUGUCUCUCUUAACAUUUCUUGGACUCAAGAAAAAAAAAUACAAGUAAUUUAUUGUCAGAGAAAAUGAUUUUGUCUGCCUUAGCGCAUCGGAGGAAGGGAUUCAGAGACAACACCAGAGAGAUUGAAAGAGAAACGCUUUGACUUCAAAGGUUGUCGGUUUGUUUACCUCCUUGUAUGGAUUUUCAAAAGCGUGCCAUGGUGAGUUUUGACACAGACUUCAAAAGUGACUCGGCUGAGGAGGAAACCUUGUGUGCAAAAGACAUUAAAGGUUUCAGAGUUCGGGGUCCGGUCCAACCACUGACUGCAGAAUGCAUACAUGUUGGAGCAUUUCUACGGGGAGGAACCUGUCCUUUCAUUCCAGCGAUGGGCACAAGCCCAGCACUCUUUGCUUUGAUGCAUUCCUUUGCUAUCUUUAUGCUAAAAAAAAAAAAAAAAAGAAAAAGAAAAACAAACAUUUCACAUGAAAUGCUGUGUCCCUGGCGGCUAAUCAGUAGUCACUCGACUGUUCAUAUGAAAUUUGACAAUUUCUAUGUUGUUUUUUUUUCCUUCAUCUUUUUUCGAGGGGUGGUUUGGGAGCAGGUUGAUGGGAAGCUGUUUUUCAUAAACACUCAAACACAGAGCCACAUUAUUCAUGGACUCUGUCGUACCUCGCAACACUAUUUGAGAAGUGCAACUGCACACAUACAGUAUAAACAAGUAGUUGAUGUGCUAAGGAAGUGAUGUGAAGACAUAAGUUGUGCAAAUAAUAAAAAAAAAGAAUGACUCUCUUCAGUUUGAUGUCUCCACCGGGCGAAACAGGAAAGCGUCUCAUUUCUCUUAUCCUGCUAACAAUACAUUUUGCAGAUGUUGCAAUGUAACGUUUGUCUGAGUCUGUUUUUUCUUCCGCCUUUCUAUUUCUAAGUCCAAUGUUUGAUUUCUGAGCUAUUAAAAUUAGUUGUUCUGCUUUUGUGUGAGGCAGUGGGAGGGGAUGGGGUGGGGCUGGAAGCUAUGCUGAAGGAUGGUCGGUCAUUGUUGUGUUUGAUAGCGAGAUUCACGCGACCUCGACUCUGGAGAAUAGUAAUUUUUCUGAAGUGACAGCAGGUGACGUUGCAGUUUGUAAGUAAAUGAAAUUUGCUUUUGUAGUUUGCAGAGUCCAGCAUAUAUUGUCAUUCAGAGAUGAAGUCAAUGACGUCCAUGGUUUGUUUAUUGAUGGUGAAAGGACACACUGUAUGAUAAUACUCAUGCGCCGCAUUGUGCCCAUUUUGUUUCUCCAGCUUAAAAAAAAUUCUGUUUGACUGGGUGUGGACAUGUACAACCAAUAUGUAUUAUUUAUUUUGAAGAGGCAGAAUUGUGCAAAUGAUGUUUUUAUCCUUUUGCUGAAAAUAAAAUUGACAUUCAGUUCCUUAAAAGA